AUUCGAACGUUACAGAGAUCUGAAAAUCCAAAAUGUGUACCGUUGCGAUCUCAAACUCGCCGGUGUUUUCACCAUCAUCAAGAGUUUCUUCUUCGAUUUUCUGCAAAUCGUCUCCUGAAUCCUUGACUUUGACCCACGCGCCGUCGUCUUCCUCCAUCUCACCGUCUUCGUCUUUCAAGUUCCGUCUUCAGAAACCACCACCGUCGGCUAGCGGUCUGAUCAGGGCUUCUAACGAGGAUUCACCCAUUUCUUGUUCUUCUACUUCUCCGACGCUUUUGAAAAGGAAGAGACCCACUAGGCUUGAUAUUCCGAUGUCGUCUUCAGGAUUUUCUUCCGACCGGGCAACGCCGUGCGGAGCGGCGGUGGCGGAGGACCGGUGGAAGGAGGUGGAGGUUGAGGAAGAUGGGUAUUCGGUUUAUUGUAAAAGAGGGAGGAGAGAAGCCAUGGAAGAUCGAUUUAAAGCUGUGGUCAACUUCAAUGGACAGAAUAAACAGGCAUUCUUUGGUGUUUUCGACGGCCAUGGCGGAUCAAAAGCAGCUGAAUUUGCAGCAGAAAAUCUCGAAAUCAGGAUUCAAGAUGAAGUAGAAAAGAGAGGUGAAAUCGAAAUAGUUGAAGCAAUCAAACAAGGUUAUCUAAACACAGAUUCAGAGUUUUUAAAGCAAGAACAACGCGGCGGAGCUUGUUGUGUCACCGCCAUCAUCAGAGCCGGAAAUCUGGUGGUAUCAAACGCCGGCGACUGCCGUGCCGUCGUCAGCAACGGUGGAGCCGCCCAAGCCCUCACUUCAGAUCAUCGUCCUUCCAGACAAGACGAGAAGCUUAGAAUCGAAUCCCUGGGUGGUUAUGUGGAUUCUAGUCGUGGUGUUUGCCGAGUUCUUGGAUCACUAGCAGUUUCAAGAGGAAUUGGGGAUCGUAGCCUGAAACAAUGGAUCACAUCCGAACCCGAAACAAAAAUGUUCAAAAUCGUGCCCGAAUUCGAGUUCUUGAUCAUGGCUUCCGAUGGAUUAUGGGAUAAAGUCAGCAAUCAAGAAGCAGUUGACAUAGCUAGACCCUUUUGUGCAUCCGCGGAAGCAGUUUCAGCUUGCAAAAAGCUGGUGGAACUCUCUGCUUCUCGAGGAUCCGUGGAUGAUGCGAGUGUGAUGAUCAUUCAAUUGGAUCGCUUUUGUUGAUGAUGAUGAUGAAAUAUGCUCCGAAAGAUCAUCAAGAAACCAUUUUUAUCCAACUUUUGAUGAUCGUAUUAUUGUUCUUCGGAUAUUUAGUUCAUAGUUUGACGAGAUUCUUUGUAACAAUCGAACUACUUAACUUUAUUCAUUCAUUCGUUCAUUCUUUACUACAACAUAAUCAAUUAUUAACGGGUUUUCAGAUUC